UUGCGUACGACUUAAUCGCGACGUCCGCCUAGUGAUCGUAUCAUUUUAUAUUGUUGCCGUGUACCGGUGUACCUACGUGGCGGUUCCGGAAAAGGAACACCGAGCGAGAGCUGGGCCGCGUUACUCGCGUACAGCCGGCGCCGGACGUACUACUGAUCGUCGGUCGAGGCGCGCGCGGUACGCCGGGCCGCUAGUGGGGACCCGUCGCGCGGCAAAUCACGUGGCUCUCUCGCUACCGGCGGAACACGUCUGUGCACAAAUAUCGCGACGGCGGUGCGUGCGCGAGUACGUUCCGCGUUUUCGCCAUCAUCGGUCCGGGCGACAUCCGAUCGGCGGCUGCGGCGGCGGCCGUAUGCGGCUAUGGUGAUUGCGGCGCAGCAGCCGAAUCGCACAUGAACGCGACGACUACUGCUACGUCCGGCCGGAAGCGCACUCGUGCCGCGACCGACCGCGGUGACGCUGACGGGAACACCCGCGAAACGGACAGGAACUACACAGGACCGCGCCCGCGUGUUUCAGACCCGUACCCCGAUAUGCCGGCCGGUAGACACCAUCAUCACCAUCACCAUCAGCAGCAACAGCAACAGCAGCAGCAGCAGCACGUUCAGGUCGUGACUUCCACGGCGACCGUGGUGCAGGCUGCGCAACAAUCCGUCAAGGAGAAGCAACGGUUGUGCACCAACUGCAAGAACCACGGGCUGCGCAAGGUGUGGAAGAAGCACAAGCGGUACUGCAAGUACCGGGACUGCCCGUGCCCCAAGUGCAUGAAGACGGCGGCGACGCGCAAGAAUUGCGCCGAGCAGACCGCUAAGCGACGGGCCCGGCAGGAAGACGAGCAGCGCGAACAGGAACUCCAGCUGAACCCGUCCAACUUCCUGGACGAGCGGCCCAUACCGUAUCAGCCGGACGCUAACACGCUUCAGUCCUGCAACAGACGGAACAUGAGCGAGUCCUCGCAGGUAGCUCGUUCGUCCACGCCCAAGGGGACGAUGUCACCCAGGACAUCCGAUUUCGACGACCACGACAGUUCGUCCAUAGACAUCGUCAACGGCCGCGACGGCGUUCUCGGCGACUGUAUGAUCGUGGACAAGGAAGAGAGCGUUGACGAACGUGGUACUCAUCUGACCGACGACGUAGACAAAAAAGACAUCGACGCAGAUUCCAGGCCCAGGAUCAUGAGUAACAAAAUCGAGCACGUCAAGACCAUACUAAAGGAGUUGGUCGGUCGCACCAAAGAUUUUCAAAACUUAAAUGCAUUCCGUCUGUUCGUAUUGCAACACAACACGUACGACGUGGACAAAGCGACCAUGUUAAUUAAACAAGGUGUACGUAGUAAGCUAUUGAAUCAAAUUAAAUUUGUAAACAGAAAUACUCAUUUUGAGCGCGACUUGCUCUUUUAAAGAUACAAUAAUUAUUUACAACAAUAUUUCAACGAUAAAUUACUUUUGAGUCGCGCCGAUAUAAAAAAUUAAUAUUAAAAUAUUUUAUUAAUUAUUAUUUUUUUUUUUUUAUUUUUUUUUAAGCAAGACGGCCGUGUAUGACACGGAAUUUUAAGAGUAACUUCGAUGACGAUGACGCGCCUUAACAAGUAUCUUUAUUAUUUAACGUUUAACUUAAAUUCCGGGCCUCCAUAGGGCCCAAGUAAAAAUUCACUAAUUAAAUUAACGUGUGUUACGACCGAAUCGGUCCGCGCCGGUCGCGGAUUCGAUUCUUGUACCAAACGUAUUUCAUUUAUGUACCUCUAUUUUAUGUAUCUUACGGCAUUGUACAAUCGUAUUUUUUUUUUUUUUUUGAUUCAAUGGAAGAUUAUUAGAAAAGGAUCGGUGUGUUGUGAAAGGUUUGGGUGUUAAUUGCAGAACUUGACAGUGUGUUUCCUUGGACUUGACCCGUGGUAAACACACCGGACAAUGACGCAAACGGGAUGGUUUUAUAAAUGUAUCAUCAUUAUUAUAUUAUUACUAUUACUUGCUAUUACUCGCCUUUUUUUGUCGUUGUCAUUGACGCAUAAAGAGUGUGUACACCGGUCAACCCAACAGAUAUCCAGCCAGAGGCUGUGCAGAAAGUCCGAUUGUCAAAUACACGCUCGACACAAAUGUACACCGUGUGCCAGCUGCGCUGCAAAAGUGCGCUCGCUGCGUGUGGCAGUAAUUGUGUACGUGUACGAGAGAGUGUGUGUAUGCGUUUGUGUGUAAAUAAAAUAAUAAAAUAUAUGCGCGUUCCGAUUAAGUAUAUGCCACUAGCAGCCAGCCCAUAUCAAGCUAAGACAUAUUACUGUUAUAUUCUAUAGAUGAUGAUAUUUAAUUUUCUCAGUCCCUUUUAAUAAUAAUAUAUUAAACAAUAGGUACUUAAUAAUAU